AAUCAUCGACACGGGAGAAAAAACAGUUUCCUUUUGCCUUUUAAGUUUCUUUCCUCAUCAAUUCUACGCGUUAUCUCUCUCUUGUUCAUUCUCUUUAUGAAUCAUUCAUCUGUCUCCCAUAUCUGUUUUGUUUUUAUUUUUGCUCUUUGCAAAGUUGUUCUUCCGUAAAUUGGCGAUUUCAGGUUUAUUGAUUUUCCAUUAGGUUUUUGCGUUCUGUUUCUUCACUUCCGCAGUAAUACAAACAGAGCCGUCUCCACACAUUCUCUUCCUUUUCGUUUCGAUUUUCUCUUUCAUCAGAUUCCGGAAAGUUCUCAGGAAAAGAAUCGCUUCCGUUUCGCUGAUCUCUCCUGACCCACCCUCAAAAGCCGCUGCCUCCCACUCUUUGCCCAUCAACUUUCUCGGAAAAUCUCUGUUUUCCGAGAAAGAAAGAAAAAAACAAACCCAUGGCCGAAAAAUGCAAACUUUCCCCCCUGAUUGCGUAUCUAACACUCAUUCCUCUUCUGGGUCUCCAUUUUUAUCCAGCCAAUGGGCUUGGUGUCAACUGGGGAACUAUGGCAACCCACAAACUGCCGCCGAAGACGGUGGUUCAGAUGCUUAAAGACAAUAACAUCAACAAAGUGAAGCUGUUCGACGCCGAGGAAUCCACCAUGAGAGCUCUCGCUGGUUCAGGCAUCGAAGUGAUGGUCGCGAUUCCAAAUGAUCAGCUUAGAGUUAUGGGAAGUUACGAUCGGGCAAAGGAAUGGGUUCAGAGGAAUGUCUCUCGUUAUAACUUCGAUGGCGGUGUUAAUAUCACGUAUGUAGCUGUUGGGAACGAGCCUUUUCUGACAUCGUACAACGGAUCAUUCGUAAACCUCACUUUCCCGGCGCUUCAGAAUGUCCAAAAUGCUCUAAACGAAGCUCGGUUAGGACACGUCAAGGCAACGGUUCCUUUGAAUGCCGACGUAUAUGAUUCACCGGCCAAUAACCAGGUGCCAUCUGCAGGAAGGUUCCGACCCGAUAUCAUCAGUCAGAUGACUGAGAUUGUCGAUUUUCUCGGCAAGAACAACGCUCCCUUCACCAUUAACAUAUACCCUUUUCUGAGCUUGUACGGAAGCAGCGACUUCCCGUUUGAUUAUGCGUUCUUCGACGGUCCUACUCAGAUCGUGGACAACGGGAUUCAGUACAAUAAUGUCUUCGAUGCUAACUUCGAUACCUUAGUCUCAGCUCUGAAAGCUAUUGGUCACGGAGACAUGCCUAUUAUUGUUGGAGAAGUCGGUUGGCCGACUGAUGGUGACAAGAAUGCAAAUACUGGCAAUGCACUUAGAUAUUACAAUGGACUUUUACCGAGACUUGCAGCCAAUAAAGGAACUCCAUUGCGACCUGGUUAUAUCGAGGUAUACUUGUUCGGAUUACUUGAUGAGGAUGCCAAGAGUAUUGCCCCCGGGAACUUCGAACGUCACUGGGGAAUUGUUAGGUUCGAUGGGCAACCGAAGUUCCCGCUGGACUUAUUGGGUCAAGGUCAGAACAAGUUUCUGAUCGGUGCCCAGAACGUGAAAUAUCUGCAGAACAAGUGGUGUAUGUUCAAUCCAGAAGCCAAAGAUAUAAGCAAGCUUGCGGAAAACGUAGAUUAUGCUUGUACUCAUUCCGAUUGCACGGCUCUCGGGUUCGGAUCCUCGUGCAAUAGCCUCGACGCUCACGGGAAUGCUUCAUACGCGUUUAACAUGUACUUCCAGGUGAGGAACCAGGAAGAGGACGCUUGUUUCUUCCAAGGUUUGGCAACCAUUACCACUCAGAACAUUUCUCAGGGCCAAUGCGAUUUCCCCAUUCAGCUCGCUGCUGCUUCAUCAUCAUCAUCAUUAUCGUCAUCACCAUUGUCAUCUUCUUCUCUGGUUCUCUGGAUUGUCAGAUUCUUGUUUCUCUGGUUACAGCUAGUUCUUUUCUCUUAGAUUCAGCGGUCAGAGGGUAGGGAGAUUUUUGGGCGGGGGAACAAUUCUUGAUUCUUUUUUCAAUCGACUGGAUAACAUAUAUAUAUAGUGAUGGGGAUACAAUACACAAUGCUUGUAUUCGUUCGUUUCCAAUGUGAGGUUCAUAGUCCGAGACAUUUGCAAUGCAGUUAAAUCUUUGUGCAUCAA